CCGUGGAGUAAGAGACAUUGUGCUGGUUUCAUAGGAAGACUGAACAUGUUCAUGCCUCGGUUUUAAAAGGAAAGCAUCACACUGUAAUUCCAAUUUUGUAGACAACAUGCCCUUGCGAAGUUCUGGCAAGUUGAGCAUGGAGACCAGAAAAGAAGAUGGUGAGAGCACAGCACCUGCCCCUCCUCAGAAGAAGCUGUCCUGUCAGUGCCACCACCACUGUCCUGAGGAUUCAGUCAACAGCACCUGCAGCACUGAUGGGUACUGCUUCACCAUAAUAGAAGAAGAUGAGUCCGGUGGACAUUUAGUCACCAAGGGAUGUCUUGGAUUAGAGGGCUCCGACUUCCAGUGUCGGGACACUCCUAUUCCACACCAAAGAAGAUCUAUUGAGUGUUGCACAGGCCAAGAUUACUGUAACAAACACCUUCACCCUACACUGCCACCACUGAAAAAUCGAGAUUUUGCUGAAGGAAACAUUCACCAUAAUGCUCUGCUGAUCUCAGUGGCUAUUUGCAGUAUACUUCUGGUGUUCAUCAUUGUAUUCUGCUACUACAGAUACAAACGCCAAGAAACGAGGCCCCGUUACAGCAUCGGGCUGGAGCAGGAUGAGACCUACAUUCCCCCUGGAGAGUCCCUGAAGGAUUUGAUCGAGCAGUCCCAGAGCUCGGGGAGCGGCUCCGGGCUCCCUCUCCUGGUUCAAAGGACCAUCGCAAAACAGAUUCAGAUGGUAAAGCAGAUUGGAAAAGGUCGCUACGGAGAAGUCUGGAUGGGAAAGUGGCGUGGAGAAAAGGUAGCUGUGAAAGUGUUUUUUACCACAGAGGAGGCCAGCUGGUUCAGAGAAACAGAAAUCUACCAGACUGUCCUGAUGAGGCAUGAAAAUAUCCUUGGAUUCAUUGCUGCAGACAUUAAAGGUACAGGAUCUUGGACCCAGCUCUAUCUCAUCACUGACUACCAUGAGAAUGGCUCACUUUAUGACUAUCUAAAAUCUACUACCUUGGACACAAAAGCCAUGCUAAAACUGGCUUAUUCCUCCGUUAGUGGCUUGUGCCACCUGCACACUGAGAUCUUCAGUACUCAGGGCAAACCUGCUAUUGCCCACCGUGACCUAAAAAGUAAAAAUAUCCUGGUGAAAAAGAACGGCACCUGCUGCAUAGCAGAUUUGGGCCUGGCUGUUAAAUUUAUCAGUGAUACAAACGAGGUAGACAUACCUCCAAAUACCCGUGUAGGAACAAAACGCUAUAUGCCUCCUGAGGUGCUGGAUGAAAGCUUGAAUAGAAAUCACUUUCAGUCGUACAUCAUGGCUGACAUGUACAGUUUUGGACUCAUCCUCUGGGAGAUAGCAAGGAGAUGUGUUUCAGGAGGAAUAGUUGAGGAAUACCAGCUUCCGUACCAUGACCUUGUGCCCAGCGACCCCUCAUAUGAGGACAUGCGGGAGAUUGUGUGCAUCAAGAGGCUACGUCCUUCAUUUCCCAACAGAUGGAGCAGUGAUGAGUGCCUACGGCAGAUGGGCAAGCUGAUGAUGGAGUGCUGGGCUCAUAACCCUGCCUCGCGGCUCACAGCCCUGCGGGUCAAGAAAACACUUGCCAAAAUGUCGGAGUCACAGGACAUUAAACUCUGACUCAGCCAGAGGCAGCUCUCAUGAAGGCCCAUGGAAAUGGACUUUCUCGUGCAGGCAGAAGUCCUGAAGAGGUAUUGAACGUCUUUGCUAAUAAGUACCUUGAAUGCAGUCGUUCUUAAGAGCAGAUAGAAGUUUGUUUGACAGCUUUUGAGGAGACUAUCCUUUGCAAAAAUCAGCUGUACUUUGACAUACAAGAUUGGAAGAGGCUUGUCUGCCCUUGUUUACACGGGGAAAUACAGUUUUAGUAACUGGUUUAAGAUUACGCAUGUUGCUUUCCAUGAAAGCCACUUAUUAUUUUAUUAUUAUUAUUGUUAUUGUUAUUAUUAUUAUUUUGAUUGUUUUAAAAGAUACUGCUUUAAAUUUUAUGAAAAUAAAACUUUUGGUUAGAAGUAAACAAGAUGUAUAUUGUUACAUAAAAAAAAUAAUUGGAGGAAACUGCUGAAAAUGAAAGCAAAGCAACUUUUUCAUUUAUAAAGAGACUAUUGCACUCUAGCAUAAAAAAAAAAAAAAAAAAAAAAAAAAAAGAGAGUGGGUCUUUGGAAAUCGCCCUACGUGCAGAGAUACUCUCCACAGCCCUGCAGAUGCAAGCAGUUCUCAAUAUAGAGUUGGAGCCCAAUUACAUCCCUGCCGCUGUCCCAUGGGUGGCCAGGUUCCUGUGGGUGGCAUGUCCCAGGGGAGGUCAUACUUCAUUCAAGAUAAGUGGGAGGCAUCUGCAUAUGAUUUGGUGUGACUUGUUAGAAGGUCUUUAUCUUUCCAGGAAGUCUGAUGGGUAAUGGUACCAGGAUGAUAAACAAGUGCCCCUUUUCUCAGCUUCCCCUCCCCGCCCUUUCCUUCCCCCUGCUGCACAAUAAAGUAUUUUGUGUGUGCAUGGAAAUGAAGUACACAUUUGGAUCCGCUGGUGAAUUUGAAACUGCUGUGACUUAUAUACACAACCACUGGGUAAGAGGAAGUUCCUUGUGAGAAGAAAUUAUUAACUUGCUCCUUCAUCUGUGUAAAAGUGAGAUACCCAUCUACAACCACAGUUGGCAAAAAAAAUUAAAUCUGUGUUCCCUUCUUUAAGGGAAAGUGAAAAACCUCAACUUCCAUUUUUUUGGGUGACAGUAAUUUUUAUUUAAGCGAAAAGAGACCUGGUGCCUUCUGACCGUGGUAGGAAGCUGACAGGGAAGGACAGUGGGACUUGGGUGGGCAGUGAGAGCUGGACACCAUAGCCGGUGGUAGGCAGGUUUCUCCAAGGCUUCUCCUGAUGUAGUGAGGGGCACCACAAACCCAGCAAUUUGGAUCAAGCUUCAUCUGCCUUACUACUUCAGGUGUCUUUGAAGCAGCCUUUAUGCCUCUGGGAGCCAUGGCGGGGUAGUGACAGGCUUUGUCACCACGCUGGGGCUGCGUAGCAUCAUGUUUUGCAGCAAGAGGAGCUUUUAGGAGAGAAGAGCAAUGGGAAAUGUAUUUACCAUCUAUCCGUAUCCCUCCUUCCUAGGGUUGCAGCAGUUGCUGCGAUGUUAAUAAUUCAGAAGGGGAAAUGAGAGGUGAAAUGUUCCCAAUUAAAUAUUUUCUUUGGAAGGGUCUCUGUUCUUUAAUCACAUUAUCAAAGCUGAGCUGUAUGGGAGUUACUGGUUUGCCCUUCUUUUUUUAAAUAUUUUUGCCUGCCUAUGUCAUAUUUCAGUAGGUGGUGUUCAGUUAAAUUUUGAAAUCAGUCCUUACAAAUGCUGCUUUGAUUAUCCUAAGCCUAUUUCAGAACUGAAAUAAUUCCCAUGCUGGAUUUAUCGGCAUUUCUGUAAUGUUUCUUUUUUCCCUUUUUGGAAAAAACUGAUUUAUUUGUGGCGUGUAGGUAUAUAAUUGGGAUUUAGCUGCAUGGCUCCCUGAAGGUAUUUCUAGUUGGAAAAAUUACCAUUUUAUAGUUUCAAACUAAAAGAGAAAAAUGCGCAGGUUCAAGAGAACCAGCAAGACCUCCAUGAUUGUAGGUGUUUAAUCAGAGGAUUUUUGUUAAUUAGAGUGUUUUUUCCACAGUGCAGCUUCCCUGCCUGUACUCAAAAAUAGCAAGCAAUAAAAAAAAAAUAAUCUCCAGGAGUUAAUUGGAGACCUUGGCCCCAAAAAGAGUGAUGCUGUUUUCCCGUCCUUAAUAAAACAGCAUGCUCCUGUGGCUGAGAGUGGAGUUUGCUCCUCUCCUUGGCUGCCUUGGCGUGAAGGUUUGUGGCCCAAAAUGAGGACAGCCUGGCUUCUCUUCACUCUUUUUGUCUUUGUGAAUGGAGCCAUGGGGUUUCUACUCUCACUCCUUUCACCUUCAUGCCCUUUCAUAAGAACCAGCACUAUUUCGAGGAACUACUCAGCUGCUUUCCUCAAGCGGAUUUUUUUUUUUUUUUAAACUGUCGUGGCUCUCCCCAGAAAUGUUUCAGAGGGUGCUUUGCCAGCUGAUGGGCAUGAGGCACACAAUGCCCCCAACACCUGCUGUCAAUGUGUUCUGAGAGAAAGGGCCAGUUGCUGGGUUUCUGAACAAGUCUUACUUUUUUUGGUCCAAAAGAAAGGGAUCCAAGAUACUUGUUGAUAGGUUACAUAAAGUGUGUAUGUUAAAUGUUCAAGUUUAUGUGUUUGGCUUUGUUGGUUUUUUUAUAUAUAUAUAUAAAUAUAUAUAUACACAUAUAUAUUUUUUCAGUUGGAAGUCUGGAAUAAAUCCAGUAUGUGGAUUAAGGGUAAACUAUUACGAAUUAUAAAGUACUAAAUAAAACAUAGUAUUUAUUUAUGAAAAUGCAUAAAUGGUGAGUCACUGCAACGGUGCUAUAUAGAAAAAUAAAUAUCUGUAUGAGGAGACACACUUCUGAGAAAGCAAAGGGUCUGCAGUUGUAUGACUAGUGCCUGCCCAUUUUCUUCCAUGACUCAAAAGGCCAGAUUUUCCCCUAGAAUCUCCUACCCACUGUAAUAGAUGAUACUGCAAAGGUGUAUUCCCAAGGCCAGACAAGAGCCAAAGGCAAGUGGGGAAGUUUUUUGUUCGAGCACUGUGACAUUCAUGUUAACACCCAAAUGGCUGACUUGCAACAGUUAGUGUGUAAUUAUUUUGAUGUCAGCAUAUACAGUGACUAGAGGUUAGUAGUGAUUUUGCCACGUGUAGUGUUUAAUGUCACUUCCAGAUUUUGGUAGUUUUACAGUGUGCUUCGAUGAGAGCUUGGAAUUUGGUGCCCACAGGUCUGGAAAUCCAGUUUUCAAAUGUAAAUCACUGAAGGAAAUUUAGUUUCAUGACUUAUUGGCAUAAAUAAGAUGGCACAGGUAAGUGGUAAAAGAAGGCUAAAAAAAACCACCCAAAAAGGAAUAGAGAUGCCCUCUAAACAACUGCUAUGCUUUCUUUAGCACAAAGUUAUUUCUGUUGAAGAAACGGUCGACAAUGUAGAGUCUAAGAAACAAAUUUGUGUUCUUUUUUGAGAACCAGUGCCUUAUUAAACCUGUAAAUACUGUAAUUAGAAAACCUAGGGAACAAACUGUUACGUUGUAUUUGUUCAAAUUGUAUAUUGUUGUUUUAAUAUUCCCCCAAAUAAAAUUGUUUCCAUCUCUCCA